GCAUAACAGCAAUUAUGAAAGGGGGAAGUGAAAAGACAAAAAUAUCCCUGGAUGCGACGUGGUGGCACGCUUGCAUCGAUUGUAAUUUCCAUAAUUGUCAACUCCUAAAACGUACUUGACACUCCUGUCUCUCAGAUUCGUAGCAAUUUGGUCUUAGGGUUUUUCAUCGUCAUAGUUAUAUGGCCGGAAUGAGACUGUUGCCGGAAGACUCCGACGUCCGACCAUCUGAGCUGAUUUCCGAUGACGACCGCUCAAUUGCGGCAGAUUCGUGGUCCAUAAAGAGCGAAUAUGGAAGUACUCUCGAUGAUGAGCAACGCCACACUGAUGCUACUGAAGCUCUCAAUUAUCGCGCCGAUUACAGUUCUGACAAGGAUGAGCAUGAGCAGGAUGGUGAAGGAGUUUCUUCAAUGCUUGGUUUCCAAAGCUAUUGGGAUGCUGCUUAUGCUGAUGAAUUGGCAAACUUCCGUGAGCAUGGCCACGCUGGUGAAGUUUGGUUUGGUGGUGAUGUCAUGGAAAAUGUUGCCUCCUGGAACAAAGGUUUGUGCAUGGACAUUUGCCGGGGUCGCUUGCCAAAUCAUGUAGCUGAUGGCAAUUCUGAGCCUGUUGGGCAGCAUGAGAAAGACGUGUUAGAUUGGAGCGUGCUUGAUAUUGGGACUGGCAAUGGUCUGUUUCUACAAGAGCUUGCUAAGCAAGGGUUCUCUGAUCUAACUGGAACCGACUACAGUGAAGGAGCAGUUAACCUUGCAAGAAGCCUUGCUGAUCGUGAUGGUUUCACCAAUGUCAAGUUCUUGGUUGAUGACAUUCUUGAGACAAAAUUGGAUAAAAGGUUUCUGCUAGUUGUGGAUAAAGGAACCUUAGAUGCCAUUGGACUGCAUCCUGACGGUCCAAUCAAAAGGAUUAUGUACUGGGACUCUGUUUCAAGGCUUGUUGCUCCUGGUGGAUUAUUGGUAAUUACAUCAUGUAACAGUACGAAAGAUGAAUUGGUAGAAGAAGUGGAUACGCUCAAUCAAAGAAGGAACGCUGCUUGUCAAGGAGCUGGAGCAGUUGGAGGCCAAGAAGCUUCAGUAGAUCCUCCUCCUUUCCGCUACCUUGAUCACAUUCGCACAUAUCCUACAUUCACAUUCGGAGGAUCAGUAGGCUCACGUGUAGCGACAGUAGCAUUCCUGAAGAACUGAAUUAUUACUUUCUCAUCAUUUUGGGUGCAUUACUGCACUUUUUUGUUCCAAAAGUUUGUGUAACGUCGUGCAACCAAGGAGGAUUUCUUUGGGAAAACAAUUUCUGAAUUAUGCAUGGUGAAGAUUAAUUGAUCUAGUUUCUGUA